CCCCCUUGGUGCUGGAGGGUGGGUCUGGGCCGGGUUCCUACCUGCUGCAAAGGUGUGGGGAGUAAUGGCUACAGCCAGGUGCCCCUGCGAUUUCCACCUGCGCUGACAAUGACAGGGUGCUGGCGGGAGCAGAGGUACACGGUUGAAUUCCUUCCUCUGGAAUUGAGGGGGAGAGUAUAUCUGUGGCAUUGGUAAAGUAGCCGCCUACCUCAAAGCUUGCAGCAAAGUCUUGAUAGGCAGGGUUGGUUGGUUGGUGAGUCCUGGGCCUAUUCUGAAUCCUGCGUGGGAUAUAAGGUAGUGCCUUUGGGAGGUGGCAAAAUAAGGUGAUUGUAUUGUUCUCGUGCACUAAUGCGAUGUCAUGACAUGGCAGCACAAAUAGUGUGAUGCCAAGAUGCACUUUCACACAAUGAUACUGGUUUUUUCAUGCAGAAGAAAUGGGUGGCAAACCUUGAGAAUCAGGACUGUUUGGUUCUCCCCCUUCCAGUCCAAGAAGAGGGAUGAUGUUCAUUCUUUCUUUCUUUCAUUGUACAAUAUGCAUAAAAAGAUUUGCCUCCUGUGGGUAUUUUAAUGUUUGUAAAGCACUUGGUGUACCAUCUUUACAUUGAUAACACACAGGUCUACCUCUCAGCUAAUGAGGUCUCUUGUGUCAUCUAGUCCUAUCUCCGCUUGUUUUUCUGACAUCUCUUCCUGGAUGUCCAGUCAUCGUUUUAAAUUUUGUCUUUUUUUUUUUCUCAGGUUCUCCCAUCUGGCCAUUUUCUUUAUCAGAGUAGACAACACCGCUAUUCUCCCUGUUGCUUAGGUCAUCGCUUUGAUCCUUCUUGCCUCUUGGAAGGUGACAUGCAUAUUCAGUUAGAUGACUGACAGAAACUUGACUCAAAAUGCCUAAUUUCGAACAUCCAGAGUAUCCUGAAGCUACCUUGCUUCACUUGGAAAGUAUGGUGCCCUGUCGAGAAUCCCAAGUGUCAUCACUGUUGUCAAUAUUUGGAGAGCGUCAGCAUUUUAGCUUCCCAUCCAUCUUUAUCUACGGACAUACAUCUAGUGGCAAGACCUAUGUGAUGCAAACUCUUCUAGAAACAUUAGAGCUUCCUCAUGUGUUUGUGAACUGUGUUGAAUGCUUUACUUCAAGGCUGCUUUUAGAGGAAAUUUUGACCCAGUUACAGAGCCUUUCAUCUGAAAAUAAACAUAGUUCUCAUGUGCCCUGUAACACGUUUAAUGACUUUGUACGUCUGUUUAAGCAAGAAAUUAUUACUCAAGAUCUACAGAAUCAAACGGUAUAUAUUGUGCUGGAUAAAGCAGAGCAGCUGAGGGAAAUGGAAGCAAAUGUGUUGCCAGGGUUUCUUAGACUACAAGAAAUGACAGACAGAAAUGUCACUGUUAUUUUCCUUAGUGAAAUUGUGUGGGAACUGUUUCGUCCAAACACUGGAUGCUUGGAGCCAUUCACCUUGUAUUUUCCUGACUACAGCAUAGGAAAUCUACAAAAGAUUCUGUCCCAUUAUCAUCCUCCAGAAUAUUCUGCUGAUUUCUAUGCUGCGUACAUUAAUAUUCUUCUUGGUGUCUUCUACACAGUCUGCAGGGACUUGAAAGAGCUUCGACAUCUGGCUGCACUAAAUUUUACUAAAUAUUGUGAACCAGUAGUCAGAGGAGAAGCAAAUGAACGUGACACACGUCGUCUCUGGAAAAAUAUUGAAUCUCAUUUGAAGAAAGCAAUGCAGACCGUUUAUCUCCGGGAAAUAUCCAGCUCACAGUGGGAGAGAAUACAGCAGGAUGAUGGAGAACCUGGGCACUUGAAAGGACUUUCUGCACAUGCUCACGUAGAACUUCCUUAUUACUCCAAAUUCCUUCUAAUAGCUGCUUACCUUGCCUCCUAUAAUCCUGCCAGGACAGAUAAGAGGUUCUUCCUUAAGCAUCAUGGGAAAAUCAAGAAGACAAACUUUUUGAAAAAACAUGAAAAGACCAGCAAUCACCUCCUUGGACCAAAGCCAUUCCCUCUGGACAGAUUGUUAGCAAUAUUAUAUAGUAUUGUGGACAACAAAGUUGCUCCAACUGCAAAUAUAUUUUCCCAGGUAUCGGAGCAAGAAGCAUGAAAAAGAAUGGCCAAGGAUAACUUGAAGAAUAAUGGAGAUACUUUACUUGUUAUAACUGAUAUUGAAAACAAAAAGAUUGUCUGAAGGAUUGCUGAAAGGACCUGGGCAGAAAACUGAAGACUGUGGUUACAAAAUGAUCUUUUUCAGUCUUUUUCCUUUAUUCACAAGCACUUGGCUCUGGAAAACAGCUAUUUUCUAGCCUGACAUGGUUUCUAACGGAUGGAUAAUGCUGAUGGUAAAGGGAGAAGCUUUUUAAUAAUUUGUGUGAAAGAUGCUAGAUUGACAACGCAGGAGAUUGACAAUCUUUUUAUUUAUGGAAUGCAUACAGCAUCACAGAGUAAUCUCCUCUACGUUGCCUUUAUGUAGUAUCUAGAAGAAUCAUCAGUUGAAUUCAGCCUCCAUGCCCAUUCAGUUUUUGGUUUCUCCUGAGACAGAUAAUGUGGUUGUCAGUUAGUGACAAAUGAGUUGUUGUUGAAUGUGAUCUGGACACUUACAUGCUACAAACUACUUUUUGAGAUACCAAAGUAAUUUCAUAAAACACAUUAAGGUACCAUCAGAAAUAGGAACUUUUGGUCAUACCAGACUCAUCUCUCUAAAUAAAUGUGACAUGUAAAUGUAAGGUUUUGUAUUCCACAACCAGUUCCCUGAGCUAUUUGGUCCACAUGUCAAAAGCAUAACAGUUAGUUACAAUUUGGCAAUGAACUGUGUUGCACAUUAUCUAUGAGACUAUGGUCAGACCAUACUAUAGUGGCUGAUAGAAAACCAGGAAAUACAUGUUAGCAUAUACAAACCAAAAGAUCUGGACAAUAUUCAUGCUAAUACCUGGAGCUAGAUUAUGAUCUUAUUAACGUCAACUAGUGCUUUACACCAGAAGUAUCUCAUUUUAAAUCCAUUGGACCUCUUCUGGAGGGCAUUACUUAGUGGCUGACAUUGAUUUCAUUGGGGCCAGGAUUUCAGCCAAUAUGAGUAAAGCUAUCAGUACAGCUUACAGGAAGCUAUUAGGAUUUUGUAUAGUGUUCAGCACCAUAGUAUCAAAGAGAGUUUAGCUGAUCUCUUGAGAAUGUACUGAACAUUAGCAGUCACUUUGAAACAUUCAUGGUUGACUGGGACUUCAGCAAAAAAAAAUUAAAAAAAAAAUAAAAGCCAAAUGUGGUGAGUUUCAAAAUGAAAAGUGAUCAUUGCAAUUAAUAUCCAAUUAAUUUGUCUUCAUUCCCUAGUAAAACUGUGAAACACAUUUUAAAAAAUAUAAACCAAGUGCUAAGCACCCAUCUUCUGGAAACCAAAUUCCUUUAAUGUGUGUCAAAUUGAGCAAACAAAAAUCAAGGCAUCCAAAAUGACUAGUUGUUUUGGAAAUUUGCAACCAUAGAGAAUAAUAGCAGCCAGAUAUAUAAACA